AUGAGACUGGUGUUGACUCAGGUUUGUGAGUCUUAUUUGAAAAUAUUUGUUGUGCUGCUGGUUUGCCUAAAGUUAGCUUACUAUCAGGUAAAGUUGAUGGAGAAAGAAAGGGAACAUUUACUAUCAUCUCACUCUAAACACCAACAGGAACUAUACUCUGCCCUGAAAAUGCUUAAUAUGGAGCUUCAGAUUAAAAAUUAUGUGGUACAAGACAUAUAUAUGAUGAUGACUAGUGCGUGUCAUGUGUGUGUGUGUGCGCAUGUGUGUGUGUUAAGCCCCGGAUCUUCUUCAGUCCUAAAUCCGCCCCUGCUCUGCCCCUGCGCGUAAGUAACUGAGCAGUGCCUGGCAGUGUUUGGAGUUUGCUGUCUCUCUGUGCGUGGUCUGGUGUCGGGGACCUUUUACUGCCGGAGUUUUGGUGUGCCACAGGGGCCGGCCCGAGGAGGAAGAGGAUUGGAUCCACCUUGCAGUGACCCUGUGGUUCCCUUGAGGAUGACGCGCACCGCAGGAGGGCGGGGUCGUAAAGGCUUCCCUGUCGCGCUCAUGCAGGGCCGGACUGGACUGCUUUGUCCCCCGAGGCCCAGCACAGAUUUAUUUUAGGAGUUUUAUUUUGGGCAUCAUCAUCCGUGAACUUUCGGAAUAAAUUCCCUUUAUAAUUUGCUUUUGUGGCUGCACUGCUUGCCUUGUUUUAGUACCUAUUUUAUUCUUUUAAUAUUAGUGGCAUCAUCCAGUCCACCUCGAUCGUGUCACAUACGCACCCUUUGUGUGGAGGUUCUGGUUGGGUCCGGGGGGUCGUGCUGGUCACUGCCGGUGGAGUGGACCUCUGAUAUCAGGAACCUGUAGAUAGCUCCGAUAGGACCCGUCCAGUCUGAGAACCCUCCAGGUGAAGGCAGGAAGCUGGAAUGCUUGUUUGCGUCUAAGGUGGAAGUUUGCUUGGCUCAGAAAAGAGCUGCUUGGCUGUAUCAGCUGCAGCGUCGCAGAGAGGCUUUUGACUGGAGGUCAAAGGAGUUUGUUUCAAAAGAGGCUUCUUUCCCGAUGUGGCCAAAUCAGGAGUCAGCUGGAAACUGAAUUAAUCGGGAAGUAAUUCUUGUUUUAAUAAACAACGAUGUUGUGUGUUUUGGCCAAUCAGGAUUUGACAUGUUUUUUACUAUUUACCAACAUCCCUCAGAAAGUCACGCCUUCUUCAGAUACAAGAUGUUUUAACACUUUGUGAAUGAGAAUGUUUAAAACUCUUAUGUGAGGUGAAUAUUAACCCUAAUGAUUAUCUUAUUGUAAUGUGUGUGAGUGUAGACAAUGAUUAACUUGUUAAAUCAACACACACUGAUCAUAAGAUCUGAAAUGGAUCAUUGUAAGAACAAUAUUCAUUUCUAAGCCAUCAUUGGUUAAAGCACACAUUAUUCAAACAUUUGAUUUAAACAUCUUGUUCAUUCAUCAUACAUGAUAAUUGUAACCUAUGAGUUGUAAAAGUCCUGCAGGCUUCGAGUAGAUAGUGAGGAAUCCAGCAGUCUGACUUUUACGCAGAGAGUACAGGACCUUGGGAGAGAAUGUUUAUGCCUGGAUGUUUUGUCUUCUGGUAUGUAAACAAGCACUGAGCAGAACCUUCUGGAUUUGGAGCCCAAAUAGAAAGUGGAUUUAUAUUUGUAGAUGAAAGGUUGUCCUGUGGUCAGGUAGAUGGUGAAAAUGGACCCUUCUGGUACGUUACAUGAUGACACUGGUUGUUUUCUGCAUGAGAACCCUAACCUUAACAUCUCAGAGGCUUUAUGGUGGAGCCAUGCAUGGACUCUGUUGUGUUACCAAAUUCUAAUGGAUCAAGCAGAAACUGAGAGGGACAGGAUGAAAUGAGGAAACAUACAAAUGACUUAUUUGCUGAUGUAAGAACAAAAUGAUCCCUCAUGGAUGUUAAACUGAGUUAAACUCCCAGAGAUGUUUCUGAGCAGAAGUCCGAGACUUUCUACAGACACCAUGUUUUCAAACAGCCCAAGUCCCCAAACCAGCCUCUUCAAGCUAGCCGGUCUCCACCCUGGACCACAACUCCCAGCAUGCUCCUCGCGGGGAUUCCCGCUACGUCACACUUACGUCACUAACCGUGACUAUAUACGGAAGUCGCCUCUCCAGCUUACAACUCAGUCAUCGUUUGUUCAGAUCCAUGAUCUGAGUAUCCAGUCAACCUAUCCAUCCGACGAACUGUCUACUCACAAGGUCGGAACCACAGAUGGAGAGCAGAACCUCCAGGACCCAGCUGUCUGUCUAUGAAGAGUGACCGGUCCAUCGGUCUUCCUGUAAACCUCAGUGGACCUGGACCUUCAGACCCAAAGCUGUUUGCUGCCAACAAGAAGCUUCCAGAACAUCAGGAAGAGUCCAGCUGUUUGUCGGUGAUGAAAAGAGGGCUGAUUAGAGGGAGGAAGAGAAAUUCUGUUGCAGAUGUUGGUCUGCAGGAGGUUCUAGAAGAACAUCGGCUCAGUCUGAGGAGCAGAUGUGAACGUGUGACUGAAGGAAGUGAUGAACCAGGAAGUAGAACCCUCCUGAACAGGAUCUACGCUGAGCUCUACAUCACAGAGGGACAGAGUGAAGAGGUUAAUACUCAACAUGAGGUGAGACAGCUGGAGACCACUUCCAGGACCAAGAGGCUCCAUGAUGCUCCAAUCAGGUGCCAGGACAUCUUUAAAGCCUCACCUGAUGAAGACGAAGACACAGACAAAGACCAACAUAAAGAUAAAGUUAAAGCCAUCAGAGUGGUUCUGACCAACGGCGUCGCUGGAGCUGGAAAAACCUUCUCAGUGCUGAAGUUCACUCUGGACUGGGCCGAGGGCUUGGAGAACCAGGAUGUCCAUGUGGUGCUUCUGCUUUCCUUCAGGGAGCUGAACUUGAUCAGAGAUGAGCAGCACAGUCUUCUCACGCUGCUCCGUGUUUUCUAUCCAACACUCCAGAAGAUCCCAGCAAAGAAGCUGGCUGUCUGGAACCUUCUCUUCAUCUUUGAUGGUCUGGAUGAAAGCAGACUUUCACUGGACUUCAGCAGCAGUCAGCUGGUUUCUGGGGUCACACAGAGGUCAUCAGUCCAGGUGCUGCUGACAAGCCUCAUCAAGGGGAACCUGCUUCCCUCGGCUCUGGUCUGGAUCACCUCCAGACCUGCAGCAGCCAAUCAGAUCCCUCCUUCAUGUGUCCACAGGGUCACAGAAGUACGAGGCUUCACUGACUCCCAGAAGGAGGACUACUUCAGGAGGAGGUUCAGUGAUGAAGAGCUGUCCAGCAGAAUCAUCUCCCACAUCAAGACCUCCAGGAGCCUCCACAUCAUGUGUGGAAUCCCAGUCUUCUGCUGGAUCACUGCUACAGUUCUGGAGAACAUGUUGACUACAGAGCAGAGAGGAGAGCUGCCCAAGACCAUGACUGACAUGUACUCACACUUCCUGUUAGUUCAGACCAAGAGGAAGAACAAGUACCAUGAAGGACCUGAGACCAGUCCUCAGGAGCUGAUGGAGGCUGACAGGGAGCUUCUUCUGAAGCUGGGGAGGCUGGCGUUGGAACAUCUGGAGAAAGGAGACAUCAUGUUCUACCAAGAAGACCUGGAGCAGGCUGGUCUGGAUGUCUCAGAGGCCUCUGUGUUCUCAGGAGUUUGUACAGAGAUCUUCAGAAGAGAGUGUGUGAUCUUCCAGAAACCAGUCUACUGCUUUGUUCAUCUGAGCGUUCAGGAGUUUCUGGCUGCAGUCUACAUGUUCCACUGCUUCACCAGCAGGAACACAGAGGUGAUGGAGGACUUCCUGGGGGGAGACUACGGAGACUCACCUCUGGAGGACUUCCUGGGAGGAGACUACAGCGACUCACCUCUGGAGGACUUCCUGAAUAGAGUAAUGGAGAAAUCCCUCAGCAGUGAAAACGGCCAUCUGGACCUGUUUGUCUGCUUCCUUCAUGGCCUCUGUGUGGAGUCCAACCAGAGACUCUUAGGAGGUCUGCUGGGUCGGACACAAAUCAGUCCAGGAACCAUCCAGAGGACCAUCAACAACCUGAAGGAGAUGAACAGUGAUGGAAUCUCUCCAGACAGAAGCAUCAACAUCUUUCACUGUCUGAUGGAGAUGAAGGACCUCUCAGUUUAUCAGCAGGUCCAAAAGUUCCUGAAGUCAGAGAACAGAUCAUGGAGACUGUCAGAGGUCCAGUGUUCAGCUCUGGCCUACAUGCUGCUGGUGUCAGAGGAGGUUGUGGAUGAGUUGGACCUACAUAAGUACAACACAUCACCAGGGGGACGACUGAGACUGAUUCCAGCUGUGAGGAACUGCAGAAAGUUCAGAGUUGCUGGUCCUGGUUCUGGUUCUGGAUUCUCCGAGACUGACUGUGAAGUUGUGUCCUCAGCUCUGAAGUCCAACCCGUCCCAUCUGACAGAACUGGACCUGAGUUACAAUGGCCUGUCUGGUUCUAGAGUGGUUCUGAGUUCUGGACUGGAGAGUCCUAACUGUAGACUGGAGGUUCUGAGGUUGAGGAGAUGCUGGUUGUCGGAGAUCAGCAGUUCUUCUCUGGUCUCAGCUCUGAAGUCCAACCCGUCCCAUCUGAAAGAACUGGACCUGAGCUGGAACCACCUGUCUGAUUCUGGACUGAAGGAUCUCUGUGGUUUCCUGGAGAGUCCAGACUGUAGACUGGAGGUUCUGAGGCUGAGGGGCUGCAGCUUGUCAGAGAUCAACUGUUCUUCUCUGGGCCCAGCUCUGAAGUCCAACCCGUCCCAUCUGACAGAACUGGACCUGAGUCAGAACCACCUGUCUGGUUCUGUAGUGAAGGAUCUCUGUGGUUUCCUGGAGAGUCCAGACUGUAGACUGGAGGUUCUGAGGUUGUGGAGCUGCAGCUUGCCAGAGAUCAGCUGUUCUUGUCUGGGCUCAGCUCUGAAGUCCAACCCGUCCCAUCUGACAGAACUGGACCUGGGCGAUAACCACCUGUCUGAUUCUGGACUGAAGGAUCUCUGUGGUUUCCUGGAGAGUCCAGACUGUAGACUGGAGGUUCUGAGGUUGGAGAGAUGCAGCUUGUCAGGGAUAAGCUGUUCUUCUCUGAGCUCAGCUCUGAAGUCCAACCCAUCCCAUCUGACACAACUGGCCCUUAGAUGGAACAACCUGAAGGCUCCAGAUGUUGAACAGCUGCUGGGUCUUGUGGAGAGUCCAGACUACAAGCUGCAGACUCUGAGGUGGAGGUAAUGAUGACCUUUGACCAGGAGAGAAGUUGAGCCGAGUCCUGAUGGUCCUCAGAGGCUGAAGCAGCAGUUUGUGUAGAAAGAGACUCAGACUGGAUCAUGAAGAUGAAUGUUUCAUUUUUCUGGAUUUUAGAGCAACAUCUGCUGCUUCUGUGUUUUUAUCUCUGGGAGAAAACUUCAAGUGAUCGAUAAUUUAAAUGUAAAACUUGAACAACAACAAUAAGAGCAGCUCCAUGGGAGCUUCAUCAGGAAGGAACUGAGACUUUUUUCAUCCAUUUCCUGUGAACUGAUGAUCUGUUGAUGUUAAAACAGAAAUGCUGUUGGAUGUUUUCUGUCAUUUAUCUCCAGAUCCAGACUGAAUCUUGUAGCUUUUCUGUUUACGCUGAACCUCUGUUAGAUGAACAUCAGGUGUGAAACUCCAGUAAUCAUGUGAUGAAGCUGAGGAACAGCUAGGAGUUCUGCUUCUGAGGACUUCAGUCUGUCAUGAGUUCCUCUUCAUCCUGGAGUCUUCUCCACUGGAACCAUUCAGGAGAUCUGAUGGGAAUGUUGUCUCCAUCCUGUCUGGAACACACACACACACACACACACACACACACACACACACACACACACACACACACACACACACACACACACACACACACACACACACACACACA